UGUGGACCUCUAAGCACCACUCCCCCCUUUUGAUCAAGUCAACAAUGGCUGCAAUACUGAGGUCCCUCUCCCUGGCCUAUAGAGCCCCUCCAGUCAUUCAUGGCUCUGUAAGGUCUACCUCGACACUAGCCAGGUUUAGAGAUAUCCUAGGAGGCGAGGUCAGUGCCAUCAGAGAAGCGGGCACAUUCAAACACGAGCGAGUGAUCACGACCCCUCAAGCUGCUCUCAUCAAGGUUCAGGAGAGGGACGGAUAUCUACUCAACUUCUGUGCUAACAACUACCUCGGCCUUUCAUCACAUCCUGAGGUGAUCAGAGCAGCUCAGAAGGCGUUGGAUGAUUAUGGGGCUGGACUAAGCUCUGUCAGGUUCAUCUGUGGUACCCAAGACCUCCAUCUUGAGCUAGAGAGCAAGAUUGCUCAGUUUCAUGGCCGUGAUGACGCUAUACUGUACGCUAGCUGCUUUGACGCCAAUGCUGGUCUAUUUGAAGCAGCACUAGGUAAAGAAGACGCUCUGUACAGUGACCAGCUCAACCAUGCCAGUAUCAUCGAUGGUGUUAGACUAGCAAAGUGCAGGAAAUAUCGAUACAAGCAUCGAGAUGUGAGUGAGUUAGAGUCUCAGUUGCAAGAAUCCAGUGAUGCAAGGGUUAAGAUGAUUGUGUCAGAUGGUGUGUUCAGUAUGGAUGGAAGCAUCGCUCCUCUCAAGGAGAUGAGGGUACUUGCUGACAAAUAUAAUGCACUGGUUUUUCUUGACGAAUGCCAUGCAUCCGGUUUCCUAGGCAACAGCGGAAGGGGCACAGAGGAGCAGUAUGGUAUGUCUGGUAGUGUGGACAUCAUCAACUCUACCCUGGGCAAGGCUCUAGGAGGAGCUGCCGGGGGAUACACUGUAGGCCCUCUAGAGCUCACCACACUACUCAGACAAAGGUCACGACCUUAUCUCUUCUCCAACAGUCUCCCCCCACCAGUAGUGGCCGGGGCUAUCAAGGUAUUUGAUUUGCUGAUGGGAGGUACAGGACAAGAGUUGAUGAACAAGCUACAAGAGAAUACAACAAGGUUCAGACAGAGGAUGACCGAGGCAGGCUUCACUCUCAAGGGGGAAGGACAUCCCAUCACUCCAGUCAUGUUGGGAGAUGCUAGACUAGCUGCUGAGUUUGCUGAUGACAUGCUCAAACAAGGAAUAUACGUGAUUGGGUUCUCCUUCCCUGUAGUGCCUCAAGGGCAAGCCAGGAUCAGAGUGCAGAUCUCAGCAGUGCAUAGUACAGAGGAUGUGGACCGAUGUGUGGAUGCAUUCAUCAGUAUAGGGCGUGACAAAGGUGUCAUCAAUUAAGAGAACUCUUCCCUUAUCAUGUCCUUUGUGUCCUGUGUUGGGCUACUGUUUGUGUGUAUAGUUGUGUGUAGUUAUAUCCUGGACUUUCAUUAGUUGUUAAUUGUUUGUGCAGUUUGCAUAAUCUUGUUCAAGUUCCUUUG